AUGACUCCUUUGCUCGCCAGUCUCGCUUUAGGGGCUUUCUUGUCUGUCCUCUACCUGGGGUACAGGUGGAUUUUGCCUCGUCCAAUACCAGGCAUUCCCUACAACCGAGAAGCCACGAAUAAUGUGUUAGGGGAUCUACCUGCCUUGAUCGAACAUGGAAAAAAGACUGGAGAGAAAUUGAGUUGGCUGCCUUUACAAGCUAAGAAGUUGAACUCGCCUAUCAUUCAAAUCUUUGCGAACCCUCUCACGAAGCCAUGGGUCAUUCUCACCGAAUUCAGAGAGAGCCAGGAUAUUCUGCUACGCAGGACCAAGGAGUUUGAUCGGAGUGACCAUUUCGGAAACAUUUUCAGAGGCUUGACACCGGAUCACCAUAUCUCUAUGAAAACGACAAACCCUCAAUUUAAGGCGCAUCGGAGAUUGAUCCAAGAUUUGAUGACCCCGGCCUUUUUAAACGAGGUUUCGGCGCCCCGAAUCUAUGAGGCUUUCACCUCACUCGUCAAUGUUUGGACAGAAAAAGCUCGAUUGGCAAAUGGCCACCCCUUUUCCGCAUCGGAAGAUUUCUACAAAGCAGCGCUAGAUGCUAUCUGGGCUGUUACAUUUCCUCUCGAUCCAAAGGACAGCGUCAUCAACGCGCAACGACAGCUCCUUACCGAAACCGCAAGCAUCAACACCACAUCCUCCACUAACAUCGACGAGCCUGCAGUCUUUCCGGAGGCCCCGAUACCAGACGCCCCAAACUCGAUUCUCACACUCACGGAAAGCCUGGAGCCUGUGGUGUUAUCACCAAUACCAAAAUUGACAUUUUGGUUCAUGAGUCAGCUGCCCUACAUGCGCAGGGCAAGAGCAGCCAAGGAGACCAUGAUUGCUACUGAGCUUGAGAAGGCGAAGGCGAGAUUCUCUUCGGGUACAAAAGAGGAGCAUGUUGCCAGAUGCGCCAUGGAUGAUAUCCUGCGCCGUGAACUCGCUGCCGCGAAGAAAGAGAAUCGAGAACCCUCCUACAACACGAGAACAAUAUUUGACGAGCUUUUUGGUCUGCUAAUUGCCGGUCACGAUACGACCUCCACGACGGCAACAUGGGGUCUCAAGUUACUUUCCGAUCACCAGGAGAUACAAAAGAAACUUCGCGAAGCACUUCGUAGCGGGUUCCCCGCAGCUAUUGCAGAACGCCGUCAACCAACCGCCGAGGAGAUCUCCAAAGCUCGUAUCACAUACCUUGACGCUACACAAGAGGAGAUUAUCCGGAAAUCCAUGACAGCAUCGGGGGUAACGCGCACAGCGAUGGUUGAUACUGUCGUUCUUGGACAUCAUAUCCCUAAAGGCACAAAUGUGUUCCUCAUGGGAAAUGGUCCUGACUUCAUCGAGCCUCCGAUUGGCAAAAUCCCCGAAGAUCGUCGCAGCAAGAGCUGCCAGGAGGCGAAUGGGCGGAUUGGCUCGUGGGAUCCAGCAGAUUCAAAUAUAUUUAAGCCCGAACGGUGGAUUACCAAGGAAGACGGCAAAGAGUCUUUCGACUCUACGUCAGGUCCACUUCUUACGUUUGGUCUGGGGCCAAGAGGGUGCUUUGGGAGACGUAUGGCGUACCUCGAACUGAAGAUUGUUCUUGUGCUUCUUUUGUGGAACUUUGAGUUGCAAAGUGUACCGGGCACUCUCAGUUCGUACCAAGCGGUGGACAAAUUAACUCAUCAACCCAGACAGUGUUAUUUGCGGCUUUUGAGCUCAUCAUUGAAUGACCCUGGAGCUUGA